AUGGAGAAGCAAGUACACCUAAUCCCGCGCAUGAGCGCGAGGGGGCCUUUUUCCGUUGAGGUCCCUGGCCAGCAGCCAGUCGAGGGCGAGACACCUGUUCGCAGGCAUCCCCUCGCCGUUGACGGCCUAAUCACCAAGCCCAACGACGACAUCACGACCGUUCACGAGCUCGUCCGCGCCAGCGUCGCCAAGUUUGGUAAUGCCAAGUGCAUGGGUUCGCGCAAACUGGUGCGCACCCACCAGGACAAGAAGAAGAUCAAGAAGGUCGUCAACGGCGAGGAGCGUGAGGUCGAGAAGUCGUGGACCUUUUUCGAAAUGAGCCCCUACGAGUACAUCACCUACACCGACUACGAGCGCUUGACUCACCAGCUUGGUGCCGGUCUGCGCAAGCUGGGCUUGGUCAAGAAUGAUCGUGUCCAUGUCUACGCCGCGACCAGCCAGAACUGGCUCGCCAUCGCCCAUGGCGCCGGCUCCCAAAGUUUGCCUAUUGUGACUGCCUACGACACCCUGGGCGAGGAGGGUCUCCGGUAUUCGAUGGUGGCCACUAAGGCCAAAGUCAUCUUCCUGGACCCCCACCUCCUACCUACCUUGACCAACGUCCUCGCUGCCGCGACCGAGGUACAGACCGUGGUCUGGAACGACCAGCACCAACUCAACCAAGCGCACGCCGACAAGCUCAAGGCUUCGUACCCCCAUAUCAACAUCCUCAGCUUUGACGAACUUCGGAAACUCGGCGAGGAAAACCCCGUCGAUCUCGUUCCGCCUACUCCCGAUGACUUGUGCUGCAUCAUGUACACGUCUGGUUCCACCGGUACUCCCAAGGGCGUACCCGUAAAGCAUUCCGCCGUUAUUGCCGCUGUUGCGGGUGCGAGCGUCGUUGUCGAGCAGUUUAUUGGACCUGGCGACGGUCUCUUGACAUACCUGCCCCUGGCCCAUAUCCUCGAAUUUGUUUUCGAGCAUGCCGCCAUCUACUGGGGCGCUACCCUCGGUUACGGUAACCCAAAGACCCUGUCCGAUGCCUCGGUGCGCAACUGCAACGGCGACAUCCGGGAGUUCAAGCCGACCGUCCUCAUCGGCGUGCCCGCCGUGUGGGAGACCGUCAAGAAGGGCAUCCUUGCCAAGGUGGCCGCUGGCAGCCCCGUUGUGCGUGGCCUCUUCUGGGGAGCGCUUGCUCUCAAGGAGCGCCUGAUGGCCAACGGCCUGCCAGGUAGCGGUAUCUUGGAUGCCGUGGUUUUCAAGAAGAUCAAGGAGGCCACGGGUGGGCGUAUGAAGCUAUGCCUGAGCGCCGGUGGCCCGGUGUCCAAGGACACGCAAAAGUUCCUCAGCAUGGCCAUCUGCCCCAUGAUCAUCGGCUACGGCCUCACCGAGACCGCGGCCAUGGGUACCCUCCAGAACCCGCUCGAGUGGACAUCGGAAUCCAUCGGCGCCAUGACGGCCUCGAUCGAGGCAAAGCUGGUCGACUUUGCCGACGCCGGCUACUUCGCCACCAACAAGCCCAACCCUCAGGGCGAGAUCUGGCUCCGCGGCCCUACCGUGCUGACUGGCUACUACGAGAAUGAGCAGGAGACCGCCGAAGCCCUGACGGAGGACGGCUGGUUCAAGACGGGCGAUAUCGGCGAGUGGGACAAGAACGGCCACCUUAACAUUAUCGACCGCAAGAAGAAUCUGGUCAAGACCCUCAACGGCGAGUACAUUGCUCUCGAGAAGCUCGAGGCGAUCUACCGCUCCGCUCCCGUCGUCGCCAACAUCUGCGUCUACGCCGAUGUUUCGCAGGCCAAGCCCAUCGCCAUCAUCUUGCCGGCGGAAGCCGCUCUCAAGAGGCUGGCUGCCACAGCUGGCAUUGAAGGCGAGAACCUCGAGACACUUGUUCACGACAAGAAGCUUCAGGGCGUUGUCCUGCGCGAGCUUCAAGGCGCUGGUCGUGCUGGCGGUCUGUCAGGUAUCGAGAUUAUCGAUGGCGUUGUGGUUGUUGAUGACGAGUGGACCCCCCAGAAUGGGUUGGUCACCGCCGCGCAAAAGCUCAACCGCAAGGGCAUCCUCGAAAAGUACAGGAAGGAAGUCACCGAGGCUUACGGUUCCUCGAGCUAG